GUGGAAAUGAGACGGGAGUGAAAGAGAAAGAGCAGCAGUGUUUUGGUGGCCGCGGCAGGCUGGGAGAGCAAAGGAGAGCAAGCGACCAAUGGAAACUCGAGAAGGGUGAGACUGGAAUAUGGUGAGGAUUGCAGGACUCCGUGGCCAACAUGUUCAAGAAGUUAAGGGAGAAGAUAACCGAGGAAGUGCAGCACACGUCCCUAAGGCUGCCUGCCUCUGUCCAGCAAUCCGUCCAGCAGUUGACCCAGACUUCAACUACCGAUCAGUGGCUUGAGACCGUUAAAGAAGGAAGCCAAUUAAGUCUGUCACCAUUCAGCGGGGCGGCAGCUUCACCAGGCGAACACAAGCGGGAGUUGGCGGCACCAGCUCCACUGCAAGAUGAGCUUUUGGUGGAUAUUUCGGACAUCAGACCAGCAGGUCACAAUAAAGACCUCUUCAGCAUUGACGAGGACAGUCAUGAAGGUUCACCAAGCAAGUCAGGGUUCCAACUGGUGGACCUGAGUGAUGCUGAGGCCAUCACCUCCAGCGAGGGUGAUGGUGGCAGCGGGAACAACCAGGGUGUGGCCGGGGUGACCUUUGAUCCCAGCAUGUCUGUGACCACCAGCCCCACCCUCAGAACCAGAAGGGACUCAGCCAGCUCCAGUGUCAGUGACGUUAGUGGGCUCUUCCCCAUCUAUGAGGUUCCUGGAGUGUCUUUUAAUAUGCCUCAGAGUGACCUUGAGUCCUCAAGUGAGUGGGAAGAGGGUGGGAGUGCAGCUGUGGUAGAGCGGCUGAGCAAGGACACUGUGUACCAGGCGUACCUCAAGAUGCGUCAGCGCUACCACAAGUACAAGGGCCGGUACGCUGACCUUGCCCGGGCAUACAAGGAUAAGGAAAAAGAAUCAGACAAGCUGCGAGAUGUUCUUGCCAAGACACAAGACAAAGCUCUGAGGAAGGUGAGUGAGUUAAAGGAGCAGUGUUCCUUAGAGCAGCAGGCAAAGGCACCACUUGGAGCAGGAGCUUCGCAGUGACCUGGAGGAAAAGGACCACAAGAUUGCUGCCCUGCUCACCAAGGUGAGUGGCCUGCAGGAACAGUGUGUACUGCAGAAGCAAGCCAAAGCUCACCUGGAAGAAGAGCUUAAUGCAGAUUUAGAAGAGAAAGAACUGAAGAUAUCGGCUCUCAAGAUGAAGGUAACAAUCCUUCAGGAGAGUGUGUCAGGCGACUUGGCCAACCCUGCUGUGAGCCACAACAACAACAACAACAAUAACAACAAUAACCAGCAGCAGGUGGCCAGUGGGGGCCUGACCCUGCAGGAUGAGGGGGACACUGCCUCAGCCUGUGACAACUCCUCCAGCACAGACAACACCUCCACUUGCUGAGAGUGUCUCCACCACUGACAACAUCUCCAUGGCAGACAACGUGUCAGUGGAAUCACACGGGUCUGCCUCCACCACUGUCACUGCCAGCCAUGAGGCCGAGGAACUUAUUGAGAAGCUCAAAGCAUCUGUGGAAGUGGAAGAGAAUGGUGACUCACCUGAUGUAAGCAAACACAAAUCUCUGUUGGCCCGCUGCAUGGACAACAUUCGCACUAACAAGGAACGCAUUGGGGUCCUCAUGCAGGAGAGGGACAUUGCCACAUCACAGUUACAGGAAAAGAUCAAGCAAAUUGACAUCCUAAAGGAGGAUCACCUAAAGGAGUUGGAUUCCCUGAGAGCCAGCAUGGAGUCCUCAGCACUGAGCAUGGCAGAGACCAAGAAGCAGCUGUUUGAGGAGCUGCAGGUCAAGGAGGCCGAGGCAGAGCGCUGUAAGAAGGCAGCAGCAGCACUGGAGACACAGCUAGAAGAGGAGCGCUCUCAGUGGCAGGAACAAUUACAGAACAAGCAGCAGGAGUUAGAGGAAAAAGAAGCCAUGAUUCAGGAACUUGGGACCAAUAACACAACACAGGAGGACCAGGAACAAGACACAGAAGCAUCAAUGGCAGCAAUUAAGAAAGAGGUAGAAGCUAAAAUAAACGAGUUAGAAGCUCGCACUCAAGAACUAAAGGAAUCAAGAACAGACCUUGAAUCUCAGUUGUUACAAAUCAGUGAUGUGAAAGCACAACUAGAAGACAAAGUGCUUUCCCUGAACAAGGACAAAGAGGAGAUGAGUAGGAACAUUGAGGCAAUGGUGAAUGAGAAAGGUGAAUUGGAGGAAAAGUUGAGGACUGCAGAGAGGGUUAGAGAGGAGCUAGAGAGUAAGGUGCUAGAUGUAGAAAAUGUUCAUGCCUGUCUCAAGGAAGAGAUGGAGAAACUUUCAAAGUGUAAUGUGCAGUUGGAGAAGAAAAUUAAGACAAGUGCAGAAAGUCAGCAGGAGUUUGAGAAGGAAGUGGAGGAUUUGAGGAAAGAAAAUUCAAAAUGUGUGAACCAGAUUUCAGCAUUUUCAGGUGAGAUAACAAAUCUAAAGGAAGUGAAUGAAAAAUUAACUAACACCAUAGAGCUGAGUCAGAAAGAGAACAACAGCUUGAAAAGAAACCUAGAAGAAACUGAAAAAGAAAAAGAAAGUAUUUCCAAAGAGGUGGAAGAGUUGAGGAAAACAAAUUCAGAAUACAUUAACCAGACUAUGGUUGUUUCAGAAGAUAUAAAAGCUCUGAAAGAGGUGAAUGAAAAAUUAGCUAAUAGUUUAGAUUUGAGUCAGAAAGAAAACAGCAACCUAAAAACAAACCUGGAAGAAAUUCAAAAGGAGAAAGAUGCAAUUUCCAAAGAUUUAAUCGAAAAAGAUGAAACAAUAACAAAUUUGAAAGAGAAAAGUGCAGAACUGGAUGAAAAGUUACAUCAUAUUCUUAAAGAAAAUUCUAGUCUUACUGAGGAAAUUUUAAGGACAAAAAGUGAAAAGGAGUUACUGAACAAACAGAUAAAUGAAAGUAGGGCAGACGCAGACAGGGAAAAGGACUCAUUGUCAGAAGAGCUCGAUCACUUAAAGCAGGAAAAUGAAAGAAUCAAUAAUGAAUUCAACCAAACUAAACUAGAAAAGGAAAUUGAAAACAGAAGACUUGCAGCUCUAGAGAAAGAGAAUGAGGAAUUAAAAUCUGAGAAAGACAGACUCAAUUUAGAGCUGACGCAGUCCAAGUCAAGCAUUUCCAAGGUAAUUGAACAAGCCAUGGCCGAAAUCACUCUUGCUAAUGAAAAAAUGGAUAGAUUGAAGGAUGACUGGGCUAAACAAAUGAAGGAAAAAGACACAAUCAAUAAUGAACUUAGCCAAAAAGUUUCAGAUCUAAGUGAAAAGUUAGUUAAAAAGUCAAGUGAACAUGAACAAAAAACUAAAGAAUACAACCAGAAAUCUGAGGAAUACAAUGAGAAAUUAGAGACCUUACAAUCACAGUUACAAGAAAAAGAAGAAAAAAUACAGGAGUUCACGUCCCAGAUUGGUGUUUUGGAUGAGGAAAAUAAAAGAUUGAAAGAGUUGUUGGAGAAGGAUAGAAAUGAACUGCAAAUGAGGGGAAUGGAAUUAGAGAGUGAGUGCAGCAACCUGAGGAAGGAGAAGAGUGAGCUGAGUGCCCACAUGGAGGAGCUGGAGGCCAUCGUGGACAGCCAUGAGGUGGAGCUGACAGCGGUUGGGGAGGAGAAGAGAAAGUAUGCAGCUCAGCUUGAGACCAUCACAGGUGAGAAGAAAGGACUCCAGGAUGAACUGCAGAUGCUGAAAAAUGAAAUAGUGCAGUUGAAAGAAGAAACUAAAGAUAAGGAGGAAAAUAUGCAGAGUUUAAAGAAAGAAACUGCACAGAGUCAAGAAGAGUAUGCCAAGGUUAGGGAGGAAAUGGCAAAACUCACUGAAACUUUUGAAGUGGAAAUGAACAAAGCCAAGGAGAGCUAUGCAAAACUGAAGGAUAAUUUCCAUGAGAUCAGUAAAGAGAAGGAAGACAACUUGGCCCUUCAGAAUGAACAAAACAAUGAACUUCAAGAUAAGCUCACAGAAGCCAACCAGCAGCUUCAGGAAAUGCAAAAUGUGCUGAAACAGAAGAAUGAAAAAAUAGAAAGUUUGCUAAAUGAGAAAAAGCUUAUGCUCUUUGAGUUGGAGAAGAGAGUUGAGGAUCUGCAGGAUGAGCUGAAGGAAAAAGAAACCUUGUUGAAAGCAAAGGCCGAUGAGUACGACUCCCGGACGGAAGAGCUGGAGGCACAAAUGUCUGCCAGUGAAGAUGACUUGAGAAAGAAGCUUGAGGACAGCUUUCAGGAGAAGCACAAACUGGAGCAGCAGCUGGGAGAGUUACAGCACAAGCUGUCAGAAAAAGACGAGCUGGCAGUGAGACAGGCAGAGGAUGCAGAGCAGAGGCUGACUCAGGCACAGCAGUCCUUUGCUAUGGAGAGGGAGGAGCUGGAGAACACCUGGGAGCAGAGACUAAGAAAUCAAGGCAUUGCAGAUUCCCUUAGUGCAAAUAGCCGAUAUGUUGCCUUGCUCAACAUGAUAAAGAUCUCGUGUGAACUUGACCAGCUCAGAAAACACCACGAAGAAGCUUUGGCGAGUUGCGAGUCAAAGGUGACCAGGUCCCACCAGGCUGAGUUGGAAGGUGUCCAGAGUAGCUACCAGCAUUCUGUUGCUACCAGGGAUGCUACCAUCGCUGCCCUCAAGGAUGAGGCUGACCAACAGAGGCUUGCCCACCAGGAUGACCUGGAGGCCUGGCAGCGCAAGUACCAGGACUUGGAGAGCCAGCUGGCAGAGGCCAAGUGUCAGAUUGAAAGGCUUCAGGGCUUUGAAGCAUGUCUGGAAGAGGCUCGUGCACAACUUGCAGCGGCAGCAGCCAAGCGCCUCAAGUUGGAGGAGAAGCUCGCGGCAGGCACGGGCACCAGUGCGCCCCUCAAGACGGAGAUAGAGCAGCUGCAGCAACACAAUCAGCAGCUCAAAGACACCCUGGAACACUACCAGAAGGAGAAGGAAGAAACCAACAAAAGAAUAGCUGCUUUGGAGUCCAGUAAUGAUGACAACAAAAACAAGAUUAUGGACAUGGAGUUGUCUCAGAAAAACCUCCAGGAAAACAUCAAUAGAUUGAGUCAAGAAAAAGAAAGAUUACUUCAUGAGAUUCAAGAAGGAUCUUCAGAAGGAAUGAUUAAUGUGUUGAUCAAGGAGAAGGAGGAACUAGAGGAAAGACUCACUAAAGAAAAGGAAGCUCAGAUGAAGGAAUAUCAAGGAAAGAACAAAUCCCUACAAGACAAGGUUGAAAGUCUUGAAGACAUAAGGCAUGGUUAUGAGAAGCAAAUAAGCCAGGUAGAAGCAAACAAUGCUGAAAUGCACAGCAAGAUAGGAAGUGUGCAGCAGGAGCGUGAUGCAGCCAGGUCUGAGACUCAUCAGAUCCUUGCACAGAAACAAGAUAUAGAAGAGAGAUUCAAAGAAAAUCUAAAGAUUAAAGAAGCACUGAAGGAAGAGAUAACCUUGCACAAAGGCAACAUUAACAACAUGAAGGAGGAACUGGAAGCAGAGAAGAAUAAAGUUCAGACAAUGGUUGAGACUAUCAGCACUUUGCAGAACAACAUCCUGAAUCUCCAGAAGCAAAUAGAAGGACUCAAUGAAACGUGUGGCAAGCUUGCCCAUGACCUGGAGGCAGAGAGCAAGCUGAGAAUGGAGGCACAGGCACAGCUGACACAGGUGCAGCAGCUCAACAAGCAGCUGCAGGAACAUUUUGGUGUUGGUGACGUAAUGCUUUGCCAGCUUAAAGUAGAGCAAGACAAGCUACAGGCGUCCAUGUCUUCCCUGUCAGCAGCCUGCAACACAAGCACAAGUACCGAGCUCCACUCCCACCCUACAGAAUCUUACUUAAAUGAACAAACUCCUCUGGUAGAUAGGACAGACUCCUCAGGCGACGGAAAUGUCGCUGCCGAACAAUUAGCCGAAAAAACGCCAACGAAUGUAGAACAACGAAUUAAGGUUGAUGAAGUAAGGAGGUUAAAGGCUGUGCUAGGGGCAAGGGAUGAAGACUUGAGUAGGACCAGACAAACCAUUAAAGACUUACAGGACAGAUUAAGAAUAGCGGAAGUCGUCAGUGGUGAAGUGGAAGAAUACAGAAGAAGAGUGAGAGAACUAGAAGCCAAGCUCUCCGAGGCAGAGGAACAGCACCGGCAGCAGGUGGAGGCAGCAGCACAGGAGGCGGAGAGGCGCGUCGCAGCUAAGGAACAGGAAUGCCUGAACACCAUCUCCACUGCCUAUGACCAACAGGACAGUGAGACCACCGCCUUGGUACGGCAACACCAGGAGGCAUUGAGGGAGGCACAGCAGGAGGUGAAGGAAAAGACAGCUAAGCUUGACACAAUGUCUCAGGAUUACAUUUUUAAGCUUAAGGAGAAAGAUGAUGAGUUGUGCAAGUUUGUUCAACAGUACGAAGAACAGCUUGCCAAAAUGAAAGCCCAGAAUGAGGUGCAUGUCAAGGAGAUAGAGGCCACAUGGAAGGCCCGGGCGGAGAAGAUGGUGAAGCAGAGGGAGGGUGAGCUACAGCAGGAGAUGAACGGUCUCAAGCAGGAUUGGACCAAGGAGCGCAGGAGUCCUGAGCCUGACCCUGCUGAAAGCCCCAAGGAACUGGAGAGGCUGACCCAGGUAGCAGCUGCUGCCUUCCAGAGUGGCACCGAGUCAGUGGAGCUCCUCAAGAAGCAGGUGGCUGCUCAGCGCAGGGAACUGGAGGAUGUGAAGCUUAACCACGGGAAAGAAGUAGGAGAGCUGAAGGCCCUGCUGGAGCUGAAGCGAAGGACAAGGGCUUCCAGCGGAGGCUCAGGAGUCCGGCUCGGGAUGGCUCUUGAAGAAGCAGCAGAGUUUGAAUACCUCAAGAAUGUUUUGUACCAAUACAUGUUGGGCAAAGAAACACAGACAUUAAGUAAAGUGUUAUGUGCUGUGGUGAAGUUUGAUGGUCGGCAGCAGCAAGAAAUCCUGGAACAUGAGGAGCGGCGCCAGAGUAUGCUGAGGUCAGUAAAUGGCUCAGUUCAUCCCAGCAUUCUCCAAGAAGGAAAGUCAGCUGUGUCCAAGGCGCUCUGACUGCACAGCUGGCGGGUUGGUCACAAGGCUUGGGCUUCUACUGAGGGAUGCAAACGACAUCUGCCACCUGAAGGGAAAUAGGUAAAAAUAUGUUCAUAAAAGUACCUGAAUUAUGUUAAAAAACCAGCUUAUGACUGGAGAUUUGUGGUUAUUACACUCAGUAUCAGGUUCAUUGUACAGUGUUCCAUGUUUAGCAGUCUACAGCUAAGCAGCUCAAAGGAAGUGAUGGUGUCAGUAUACACAAUACUUGUUCUGUUACUCCUCAGCACAAAUAUUAAAAGUCACAGUUUUAUAGGAAAAUGCUAAUACUGUGGGAUAGCCAGUGAUCAUUUCAACACUGCAUGAGUGUGGCUGUCAGGGUCCACAGAAACAUUUCUUGUGGACGGCAUUGUUUGUUACAUCAACCUUAUUUUUCAUUCUUUUACUUGAUUCGUGUUUGAUUAUUUUUUUCCCCAUAUUAAACUGUUAUCCUCAGAAGACCUCAACUCAACACAACUUAGAAAAUAGAUAUACCCACCAGGUGCAGCAUGAGUUUUAUUUAUUUUUAAUUACAAAUUCUUUGACACUAAAACAUCAACAUACAUACUCCUCUUUUUCCAGUGGUAAUAAAGAAUCUAGUCAUUAUAGUCAUAUUCUUUGUAAAGACUCAUGAUUUUAUUAUAUCUUGGCUGGUUUUAGUGCAGAGAACCCUCAUGAAUGCUGCCCAACAUUUUUUAUUACCUACGUAACAUUAUAUAUAACCAGAGUAUAUUUUUAAAGCAAUAAAAUCUGUAUGUAUGUUUUUUGUAAGUGUGCAAUGCGGCUGUAGAAUCUGGGUUUCAAAAUCCUGUUUUUCUUUGUAUUUUCAAGCUGUGGUUAACUUCUUAGCAUAUUAGCAAAUUCAUUGAAAAUAUUAAUUCACUGAUUGAUGAUUGAUCUACUGAGUUAUGGAUGAUUUAUCUACUAAUAUGAGAAUAGUGCAAAUUAUACUGAUUGAGACGCUCACAUAUUUAUGACAGUUGAACACUGACCUAUAUUUAUUAUCAUUUUAUAGAUAUUAUAAGGAUAUGAAAAGCACACACUUGUCAGUCCUCUUCAUCUUACUUUUUCCAAACUAGAGAGAUUUUUAUUCUGAUUAAUGAACAAUUUCCAUUAUAUAGUAUGUCUGUGUAUUCUUUCAUACUGUUCAUCAGCGGCCAAAUGUAUAUAGCAGAACAUUUAUUUGUGAGAAACUUGGUGUCAGUUUGAAUAAGAAGCUGAAUGCUGACUAAAGCAACUCACACACUGCAGCACUGGAUCAUAGGCUCAUUGAGGCUGAUGUUGCUGUGAUCCAAGUUCUUCCAGCUUUUGAGGGAGAGAGAGAGAGAGAGAGAGAGAGAGAGAGAGAGAGAGAGAGAGAGAGAGAGAGAGAGAGAGAGAGAGAGAAUGAUCCCCUUCUUCAAUACAUCUCAGACAUCAUCAUUUGGUGCCCUUCUCAACUGAUCAGUCAAUUGAUAUAAACAAAUUAACAUUUUAUAUUUAGUACUUAUUGAUGUGUAUAUAAUUAGCCCGAGAUUCUCUUCCUUACUAUAGGAGAAACUCAUAAUUGAAUUGUUUGAUGCCCACAUAAUACAUAAAUAAUGGUAUUGGUCAAGUGUCAGCUACAGGAAUUAGGAAAAAAUUCCUGAGGGUUAGUCAGUGUCUUUCAUUCAUAUUUCCCAAGGUGUAGGUGGCAAAGUGCGUGUUAAAAAAUGGGUCAUAUUUUAAAAACACAGUUGAUGAGGCAAGUAUAGUGUUUAUCAAGGGAUGUUUCCCAGCCUUCUGUUUGUUGUUUGAAUGGUCCAAAGGCUUGGUAUUUGAAAUGAGAGGCUUGUAAAAAAUCAGGCCAGGGAAGACAUAGCAUUGCAUUAUGCUAGGAGGGUGUUUUGCAAGAGGCUAACUGGAGAGUUGAGUUAUAGCCAUUAACCAUCUGUUAAGAAGUUCCACCAGGAGGCAAGAUGGCAUUGAUAUAACAGGUUGCGUUUAGCAGAGAAUCAAGAAAAGGAAUACUGUGUACCAUAAGGUAUAUUAUUGUAAUGUAUGUAUAUGGAUAACUAUAAGAUAUCAUUCAAAUGUUUUAAGUCUCUACUUCAGUUUAGGAAAAAAUUAUUACAAGCUCUCUUAAAGCUUUUCUCUUCUGAAAAUAUCUCUUUAAUGUUUAACAAGAGCAGUGAUCCAGAAGGGACUUGUUUUACAAGAUUGACUCAAACCUGUGGAAGAGAAGCCUCAAUAGAAAUGCUGAGAAUUGCAUUAAUCACAUCUUACAAGGCAGAAGUUUUCAUUUUUGAAAGAUUAGUUAUGAAAGAAUAAAGAAUAAAGAUUUAGGAAAAUAUUAUUGAGACUCGCAAGAUCCAGUACUAAAUUAUUAUUGAGACACAAGAUUAUUAUAAUUGCUAUUAUAAUAAUUUCUUUCCUUACCGAGUGCCAAGUGCCAGGUGGCACUGUGAACAUGACACUGUCUCUCUCUUUUACAGUCACUCCAUUUAUGCUGUUGAUUUUCUUAGAUAUAUGUUGUUGUUGUUAGAGAGAAAUUUAAUAUAAUUUUGUUGUACAUCCUAUAGCUUUAUUUAUUACUUUACUUAGCUUUGAGUGAUUAUCUCAGCUUAGUUGUCAACUCACUUUAUAUACAUGUCAUAUUUCCUGAGCCUGCAACCUUUAGCCAGUCAUUGUAGCUAGGGAAUCUGUUUAGCUGGUCACUUUUUUGAUAUUUAAACCUUCAAAGUGUUUCUACAGGACUUUCUGUGUGAAACAUUGAAAAGUGAAACUAUUUCACUUUUUAUUUUUAUCUGUGUGGCUAUUGAAAAGACUAACCCAAAACUAGCAAGAGUUUUUCCAUGCGGUAGAAACCUUGAAUUAAUAAUAUGUUAUAUAUAUAUAUAUAUAUAUAUAUAUAUAUAUAUAUAUAUAUAUAUAUAUAUAUAUAUAUAUAUAUAUAUAUAUAUAUAUAUAUAUAUAUAUAUAUUUUUUUUUUUUUUUUUUUUUUUUUUUUUCUCCCAGAAUUGGCAGUCUUGCAUGAAAUAAUUGGGUUCAACCCAUACCUUGGCCUUAUGAAGGUUUAUGAAACAGAUCAUCAUUGGAUUCAGUUUAUAUAUAUAUAUAUAUAUAUAUAUAUAUAUAUAUAUAUAUAUAUAUAUAUAUAUAUAUAUAUAUAUAUAGUAUAUCAAAUUUUAUUUUUUUUUUUUUUUUUUUUUUUUUUUUUUUUUUUUUUUUUUUUCUCAAAAUAUCACAUUAUGAUUGAUAUAUUUCUAUCAGUCUAAAAUAUAUAUCUGUAUAUACUUGUACAAAGUUUUCAAGUACCAAGGUUGUCAAUAUCACACUGUGGGAACAUGCACAUCCAAGCCUCACCCAAGCAGCUUGUGUUUCGUAUCUUCUGGUUGAACUCGUCUUGUGUACUAAAACCACUGCUUUAAUUUAUUAAGGUCCUUAGUGCAGAAACUCAAGGGUACAGUCAUUACCUAGAGUAUUCAAAGUUCCUUGUGGUAACACAUUUGCUAAAAAGCUUUCCAAAGUGUCUGUGUAAACAGUGUAUUAAAAUGAUUAUAGAUGAAGGUUUAAA